ACAAAUUGUUUUCAGGACUUAUUCUUUUUUCCUUUGGUUUCGAUGGCAUUGGGUCUUCAUCACGGCGGCCUUUUCUUUCCCAAAUUUCAAUCCUUACCCAGUAGAAGUAAAACUGUUUUGGCGCGCAGUUCCAACAGCCAUGAGUCUUCUCCUUCCUCUUCCAAUGGCUCUCUUCCCCUGAAACAGAAGAAAACUUUCCCAGGGAAGCCAGAGGCUGAUAUUGUUGUGAUUGGGAGUGGUAUUGGGGGGCUUUGCUGUGCAGGACUUCUAGCUAGAUACCAGCAGGAUGUCCUUGUGCUGGAAAGUCAUGAUCAACCCGGGGGAGCUGCUCAUUCUUUUGAGAUUAAAGGCUACAAAUUUGAUUCUGGGCCAUCGUUGUUCUCUGGUUUCCAAUCAAGAGGUCCUCAAGCAAAUCCCCUUGCUCAGGUUCUAGAUGCCUUAGGGGAGUCAGUUCCAUGUGCAAAUUAUGACUCCUGGAUGGUCUAUUUACCUGAAGGUGAAUUCCUUUCAAGAAUUGGCCCAACUGAAUUUUACAAGGACCUAGAGAAGUAUGCAAGCCAGAAUGCUGUGCAGGAAUGGAAAAAACUACUUGAUGCAAUACUUCCAUUAUCUGCUGCUGCAAUGGCUCUACCUCCUUUAUCUAUAAGAGGAGAUCUGGGUGUUCUUUCUACUGUUGCUGCUCGAUAUGCCCCCUCUCUACUGAAAUCCUUUAUUGAAAUGGGACCCCAGGGAGCUCUUGGUGCUACGAAGCUUCUGCGUCCCUUCUCAGAAAUUGUAGACUCAUUGGAGCUGAAGGACCCUUUUAUAAGGAAUUGGGUGGAUCUUCUGGCUUUCCUUCUUGCAGGGGUGAAAUCUAAUGGUAUACUUUCAGCAGAGAUGAUUUAUAUGUUUGCUGAAUGGUACAAGCCAGGAUGCAGUCUGGAAUAUCCCCUUCAUGGAAGUGGGGCCAUUGUUGAUGCCCUUGUCCGAGGAAUACAGAAGUUUGGAGGACAAGUUUCUCUAUCAAGUCAUGUGGAAAAGAUUGUUGUUGAAAGUGGCAGAGCCACUGGGGUCAUGCUAAGAGGUGGUCAAUUCAUACGAGCAAAAAAGGCUGUUGUAAGCAAUGCAUCUAUAUGGGACACUUUAAACCUCUUACCCAGGGAAGCUGUUCCAAACUCAUACAUGGAAAGGAUCAGCAGGACACCUCAGUGUGAAUCAUUCAUGCAUCUUCAUUUAGGCUUUGAUGCAGAGGGCAUUCGUGAGGAUUUGGGGAUUCAUCAUAUUGUUGUGAAUGACUGGGAAAGAGGAGUUGAUGCUGAUCAAAAUGUUGUUUUAAUUUCCAUUCCCAGUGCACUUAGUCCAGAUCUAGCACCACCAGGGAAGCAUAUUUUACAUGCCUAUACUCCUGGGACUGAACCAUUUGAAUUGUGGGACGGACUUGAUCGUAGAAGUCCUGAGUACAAAAAGCUCAAAUCUGAACGAUCAGAGGUAAUGUGGAGAGCUGUUGAACGCACGCUUGGCCCAGGUUUCAACCGGGACAGGUGUGAGGUGAAGUUGGUGGGAACCCCUCUAACACAUAAAAGGUUUCUCAGGAGGAAUAGAGGAACUUAUGGACCAGCCAUACAAGCUGGUAAAGACUCUUUUCUUGGCCAUUCAACACCCAUUCCACAGCUCUAUUGCUGCGGGGAUUCUACCUUUCCUGGCAUUGGAGUUCCUGCAGUUGCUGCUAGUGGCGCUAUUGUUGCUAACUCAUUAGUCCCUGUUUCUCAACACUCCCUCCUCCUUGAUGCCAUCGGAAUUUGAACACAUAUCGGUGAAUACACGCCAUCUACUCUUGGCCUUUUUAUUGGACCGCCCCACCUUUCAAAACUGAUCAAAUCUACCUCUGUUUUCUUAUUGGGACUGUAAAUUCAUUAAUCCAAAUGAAGGUGGAGGAACCCUUCAAUUGUCCUAUAUUCUUGAAAUGAAUACACUAUACACAU